AUGAAAGCAACACGGAGUCUGGACAAUUCAGAGGUUCAGUCUUUUUCUUAAUUAUUUUUACUAAAUUAUGCUAUAUUUUAUUCAAAUUAUACUAUAGUGUUGAUAUGUCGGCUGACAUGUUGUCUGACAUGGUCUACUUGUUGACUAAUGUUAACCAAUAUUGACCAAGACUUGGUCAACAUAUUGACUGACAGUGAGCAGACAUAUCGACCGAUGGGUGCCUUCAGUACACAAGGUACAAGAAAUUUAUCAUUAAAUGCAUUGUCUGUUUGUAGUCAACUUUAAUCUAUUUUUAUGGUCACGUAUGUAUGCACCUAAUUGAAGUUUAAGUGUUUUAUAAAAAAAAUAAAUAAAUAAAGUAACAAAAUUAAUAUUUGCAAUCCACUGAAUUUGGCAUAUUUGUUACUAUCAUAACUGUAACAUUUUUCCUUUGGAUUUAAAAGGAAUCCUUCAUUUCUGAAACUCUCAAACAAAACUGUAAAUUCGAAAUAUUGAUGGCUAUAGUCUAGAUCUCUUCCAUGGUCUGAUUAUACCUCUUCCUACCUAUGGCAUUUCAGUUUCCUCCCACCCAGUAAAACAAGAUUGCUAAGGAAUCGCAGUCACUCUUUAAUGUACUUCAUCAAAUUAAGACUGAACAUUUUAAACAGCGGUGUUUUAUCGAUAGGUGUCUUUUCAAUUUUAUAUAAUAUUUGUGAAUUUAAUCUGGAAUUAUGUUUUUUUUGAAAUUAAUAAGGGGCUUAUUUAUUUAUUUAUUGUAUCAACUUAGUUGAUUAUAUAAAACAAAUUUUUGUUUAAAUUGCUAUUAAUUUGUUUUCUUUCAUUUUCAUUUUUUCCGUGACUGGUGCACUAUUUAAAUAAGGUUUAAUUACCUUUUAAUGCUAGUCCAUUAACACUGAUCUUGAUUAAUAUAGACAUCACUUAUUGAUGACUUACAUGCAAUAGAUUCUUAUAAAUGUAAGAAGGUACUUUUCUUCCCAACUAAAUGUUUCCAUAUACAUGUAAGCUCUCUUUUUGCCCAAGACCCUGCAAGUAAUGUGUAAGAAACUUAAUCAUUGUCUUAUUAGUUUUAGAUGACAAGGGAUCAAUGUAAAGAGUUAGAAAUACAAUUAUCAUGGUGAUAAUUUUUUUAUUUAAGAGUAGUGAAAUUAGGGAAUAUUUCCACUUGCACUUUGUCGAAAUCCUAAUAGUCCUCCUCGUCUUUGUUAUCUAUUAAUAUCAUGGGUGGCAAAUUAUGAUCACAAUCAUAGGUUUUUGACAGUGUUCAUCGAAUUGAUGAUCAGUGAAGAACUCCAUGCAAUGAACAUGUUAGAGCUUAAAUUUUUGGCUUAUUUAAGUUCAGAAUUUUCAGAAUUUUUCAACAACAUACCUGAUAGAAUCCUUCUUGAUGUGCUCUUUUGUGUGUUUAGGUUUUCCAAAGCGUCUUUUAAUGCCAUAUCAUGUCUUCACUUUGCUGCCAUCUUAGCACUGAUACGUACGCGCAAGGUUGCCAUGGCAAUUUUGUAAUUUCAUCUGUAAAAUUAUAAAUUAACGAUGAAAUUUUGUGCCAAAAUUAAGGAGUAAUUCACCACCCAUGGUGUUAGUUUCAGCUAUCCCUAAAAAGAUUUAAUAAUAAUAAUAAUUAUAAUUAUUAUUAUUAUUAGAACAGAAGAGCCAACAGUUUACAAUGUACUAAAACAGUCAUCAGUUACCAAACCUGCUAUGUCUUUUGAGCCAAAGAUCUCCUAGCGAUUCACUGUUAUUGCCAUGUUUUUGUAGGCUUGCUCUCCUGAGACCAGUGUUCCAGCGUUACAUGUUACUCUUCUUGGUGGUGAGUGGAGGUCAUCUGCUGGUGGGUUGUCAACCAUAAACAGAGAGCUUGCUAUUCACCUUUCAAGUCAUUCAGCAGUGAAUGUUUCUUUGUUAGUCCCCGAGGGAGCUUGCAAUCAUGAAGAAAAAAAUGAAGCCCAUACCUAUGGAAUCACUGUCGUUGAGGCGAAGAGACGUGCUGCAUUUGAUCGUCUUGUUUGGUUAACCUCACCACCCAAGGAUCAUGUCAUGGACAUCGUUGUUGGCCAUGGUGUAAAGCUUGGUCGGCAGGUACAAUUCAUUAGAGACUCUGCUAAAUCUCCAAAUUGUAAGUGGGUACAAGUGGUUCACACUGCUCCAGAGGACCUUAGCAGAUACAAAUGUUACAGUGACCCCAUUUCAAAAGGUGAAACAAAACAUGAAUCAGAAGUUGAACUUUGCAAACUUGCUGAUCUUGUUGUGCCUGUGGGACCCAAACUGAAAGAAGCAUAUACUUCAUAUUUACAGCGAUGCAAGACAGAUCAAGACGUUUUAUCUAUUACUCCAGGUCUUUUUCAAAGGGAGUUUGGGGAUUUAGUUGCAAAACAAGAUCCUAACGAGGAUGGUGAAUUCAAAGUGUUGUUAUUUGGUCGUGGGGAUGAUGAGGACUUCGAACUCAAAGGAUACAACAUUGCUGCUAAGGCAUUUACUGAUCAACGGUUAAAAAACAAACCUUAUCAUCUAAUCUUUGUUGGAGCACCUGAAGGAAAGCAAGAAGAAGUUAGAGAAAAACUUCUACGGCGUGGUAUUGCAGAAGCACAGUUGACUGUUAGAAAAUUUAUACAAAGUAGAGAGAGACUAAAAGAUUUGCUGUGCGAAGCUGAUCUUGCCAUAAUGCCGUCAAAAUCAGAGGGAUUUGGUCUUGUUGCCCUUGAGGCCUUGUCGGCGGGGCUACCCAUUCUUGUAAGCAGUAGGUCAGGAUUUGCCAAAGCAUUAGAGAAUGUUCCGAUUGGUUUUUCAUGCAUCGUGAAUUCAGAUGACCCUGCAGAAUGGGCAAGAGCAGUGGAAGCAGUUCGUAUCAGGCAUGGAAUGAGGCUUCAAGAGAUAAAAUCACUGAGAGCAUCUUAUGGGGAGAUGUACAGUUGGAAGGAACAAUGUGAAGCCCUUGUUAACAGAAUACAGAGAAUGGGUCAAGGUAAGAGUCAGUAGUUAAUUGCAGAUGUAUUUAAUUAUGUUGUACCAGACAUUUCUCUAAUAGCGGAGCUCCACGCGCGCGCUUCGCGCGCGCGUGGGCGGAGCCCCAUAGCUUAGUAAAUCUACCCAUCCCAGAAAAUUUGGUAAUCACGUGACCGUGCACCGACCGCCGACCGCCGACCGACCGUCCGUCCGCACCACAGGACAACCAAUGUUUACUCUCACACUUUUAGCUAGUUUGGAAGCCCAAGAGAAAAUUAAUUGCACAUCAAUGUUGUGAUCAAUUGACAGCUGUCGAAACAGGGCAUCCGCUGACCAGUAUAACCUGACCGUAGGGCGGGCUCAAGUGCCGACCCAUCGAGGUUGAGUAUUUUUUGAAGUUAUCCGCUGACAAAUUACCAGUUUGAAAUGAUCGCAGGCUCAAGUUGAUUUUUUCCAAGGAUUCAUAUCAAAUAUGUUGUGUUUAUGUCACCAUGGCCCUGCACUAUUAGGAUUUUGAUUUCAAACUGACUUCGGACGCGAAAAUUCAGCCAGUUUUUUUAAAAGUACAGGCGGGGAAGACCUUAUCUUACCAUGGUCACGCGUUGGUCACGCUCUACGUCCAAUUUUUAUACUCUGAUUGGUCAAAAUUUGACAGGUGAGUUCAUGCGAAAAAAUUAUGCAGCAUCUUGAAAGUUGUUUACUUUGACAGCUGAAGCUGAAGAGUUUUGUGUCAACUUGUGAUGUUUUUAACUGUCUUUUUCUUCUGGAUGUACAAAAUGAAAUACAGCUGCUAUCAAGAGACUUUUGUUAUUCAUGGCUGGUUUGUUUACUGGGUUUUUGGUUGAGAAACGCGUCGCUUGUCAAAAUUUGGUAAUUCGAUUUCGGAUGGCAUCGUCUUCGUUUUUCACCUUGCUUAAUGCGUAAGAGGGUUUAAAAGUCUCAAGCAACUGUGGCCUUCCUUGAUAGCUUUCAGGAACUGAAUCUCGAAUGGCAAGCCUGAGUAACUAUUGUAUUUGAUGUUUGUUUUUGUUAUAUCUAAUUCAUGAAGUCUUGCACAGUUCACGCUGACAGUUUAUGCGACAAGUUUAUGCACGUUUGUAGCCGUAGUUUGAGUCAAUGAUCUGACCUAGUAUCAGGUUUGAACGGUUUCAUAUAAGCUUACAGAACUUUAAAAAGCCUUCAGAUAUAUUUGCUCACCACAGAUAGAAAGAAAACGUUCCGAAGAAUAUUUAGUUAUAAAUUUGGCUGUAGAAAGAAAACUUUGAGCGAUUUUCUUGCUUCGAGGAGUUCACCUUGGAAAACAGUAAACACCCGCACCGGGAAGCCGGCUUAUAAAGCUUCACGCCGAGACUCAGGAUUUUUAGAGACACUUUAAUACUUGUCUUCAUGAAUGAAAAUUGUUAUCUCUGUAAAUGUUUCACCGAAUUAUAUUUCUUUCUUUGAUUGUUAGUAGUCUCUUUUGCAAUUUUAAUCGCUUGUCUGUGCCGUUUGUUUUCAUCGUUCAUGAACAUCGCUUGCAGGAGUACUCAAAAAGUCGCGCGUAUCAAACGCUUUAUAAGAUUACACAUCGUUAUAACUGAAACCAUUAAAUAACAAAAAAAUAAUAAUAAAUUCGCUAUUAUGUUGAAGCUUAACUCUAUUAAAGUUCAUUCAAACACUCGACCACACUGACAGCUCGCACUAUAGAAACGAGAACCGGCUGGCCAUAUGGGUGAUUUUGGAAAUUUUUGAACGGUUUCCCUUUACGAUUGAUCGUCCUGAAUAUUGACUGAGUGCAAUUUGUCUUGAAAAUUUGUGAAAUACUGCAUUCUGUCCUAGGUCUGUAUGAUGAAUAGUACUGUUUCACCUCAGAUGUGAUGUAUAAAAAUUAUAAAAGGUUGGUUUAAACACCCCCAGAUUUGUUGGCAAGAAUUUGCAAAGUAAACCUGUCGAACGCAAAAAAAUUCGGCGUGAUUUGUUUUCCACGAAUUUGUUUUCGAGGCCUAAUCUACUGUGAUCUUGAAUGUGAUCGAAGAUGUUUGUUAUUUGCUGGGUGUACAUAUAAGGUUAUCAAUUCGAUGUAAGAUGUUUCACUCUAAAAUAACUUAGCCUUUCCCUCAAAAGUCACCUGAAUGUGCCCUUAAGUUAAAUGAUUUGUGGAUUAAAAGUUUAUUGUUUGAUUUAAAUUAUAGCGGAGCUCUGGCGCGCGAAGCGCGCCUGCGGAGCACCAUGGGUAAGUAAAUCUACCCAUCCGAGAAAAUUUGGUAAUCACGUGACCGUACACCGCCCGCAGCCCGCCCGCCCGUCCGUCCGCACCACAGGAAAACCAAUGUUCAAUCUCACAGUUUCUAGCUAGUUUGGUAGCAGAGGAAGACUGAUAUUGCACGUAUAUUGUACAUCAAUGUUGUGUUCAAUUGACAGCUGUCAAAGCAGGGUAUCCGCUGACCAGUAUCACCUGACCGUAUCGCGGGCUCAGGUUUCGAGGUCGAGUAUCUUUUUGAAGUUAUCCGCUGACAAGUUACUAGUUUUCAAAUGAUCACAGGCUCAAGUUUAUUUUUUUUAAAAUUCAUAUGAAAUAUGUUGUGUUUUAUAUGUGUCGCAGAAUUAAAAUUUUGAUUUCAAACUGACCUCGGAAGCUAAAAUUCAGCCAGUUUUUACCGGCAGGGAAGACAUGCCAGUUGCUUUUGACUUUCCUCAACAAGGUCACGCGUUGGUCACGCUCUACGUCCAUUUUUUACGCUCUGAUUGGUCAAAAUUUGACAGGUGAGUUCAUGCGGAAAAUUUAUGCAGCAUCUUGAAACUUGUUUACUUUGACAGCUGAAGCUGACAGAGUUGUGUCAACUUGUGAUCAUGUUUUUUAAUUGUCUUUCUCCGCUGAAUGUACAAAAUGAAAUUCUGUUGCUAUCAAGAGUCUUCUGUUAUUCAUAGCUAGUUUGUUUAUUGGGUUUUUGGUUGAGAAAUACGUCGCUUGUCAAAGUCGGAAAUCAGAUUUCGGAUGGCAUCGUUUUCGUUUUUCACCUUGCUUGAUGCGUAAGAGGGUUGAAAAGUCUGAAGCGAUUCUGGCCUUACUUGAUAGUUUUCAGAGCAUCUCGAAUGGUAAGCCUGAGUAAUUAUUGUAUUUGAUGUUUGUUUUUUAUAUCGAAUUUAAUGAAGUCGGGCGUAGUUUAUGCGGCUAUUUAGUUUAUGCACGUUUGUAAGAUUUGAGACAAUGAUCGAUCUGACCAAGUAUCAGGUUUGAUUAUAAGCUUACAGAACUUUAAAAAGCCUUUAGACAUUUUCUCACUGCAAAUAGAAAGAAAACGUUCCAAAGAAUAUUUAGUUAUAAUUCUGGCUGUAAAAGAAAGCUUUGAGCGAUUUUCUUGCCUCGAGUUCAUCUUUGAAAAAAGCAAACGCCGGGAAGCCGGCUUAAAACAUAAACAAGGAUUUUCAGAGACACUUUUUACUUGUCUUCGUGAAUGAAAAUUGUUGUCUCUGUGUAUGUUUCACCCAAUUAUUAUCCUUUUAUUGGUUGUUAGUAGUCUCUUUUGCAAUUUUAAUCGCUGUGCCGUUUGUUUUCAGUCGCUCACGAACAUCGCUUGCAGGAGUAGUCAAAAUGCCGCGUUAUCAAACGCUUUUGAAGAUUACACAUAGUUAUAAAACCGUUAAAUAAAGAAAUAAACAUAUAAAUUUUUUAUCAUGUUAAAGCGUAUAACUCUAUUAAUCUUGAUUUAAACAGUGGGCUUUGGCGCUUGUCAAAAGUGAGAACCGGCAAGCCGUAUAGGUGAUUUUAGAAAUUUUUUUAACGGUUUCGGUAAAAGCCUACGCGUGCUUCGAUCGACCUGAAUGUUGAAUGAGUACAAUUUUUAUUGCAAAAUUGUGAUCUGUCCGAGGUCUGUAUGAUAAAAACAGUGCCUCAUGGUAGUGUUUCACCUCAGAUAAAAAGUAUUAAAGGUUGGUUUACACGUCCCCAGAAUUGUAAGCAAGAUUUUGUAAAAUAAAUUGUAAACUUGUCGAACGCAAAAAAUUGGGCCUGAUUUGUUUUCCGAGAAUUUGUUUUCCAGGCCUAAUCUACUGUGAUCAAGAGCCAUUAUGCUCUUGAAUGUGAUCGAAGAUGAUUGCUAUUUUUUGGGUGUACAUAUAAGGCUAUCAACUCGAUGUAAGAUUAAGUUCACUCUUAGCUUGGACUGUUUGCAAAUUAUUUUUCUCUAAAAUCACUUAGCCUUUCCCUCAAAAGUCACAUGAAUGUGCUCUAAAGUUAACUGAUUUGUAAAAUACAAUUGCAAGUUUAUUGUUUGAUUUAAAUUAUAAAUUCGAGUUAAUAGGAGCUUCGCUUUUAGCCCUGGCUAAAUCUAUAUAUUAAAUUUAUUAAUUGGAGCUUCGCUUUUAGCCCUGGCUAAAUCUAUAUAUUAUAGUUUUUCGUGGCACACUGCAAAUGUAAGAGUGCAGCGAUAAUCUUUCACAAGCACAAGUUCUUUGACCACAUUAUCGAGUGUAUAUGCAGGUACUAUCAGUUCUCCUUGCAAAUUUAGUACAUGUACGUAUUGUCCCAGAAUAUUUUAUUUUUUUCAUAGCGGAGCUCCACGCGCGGCGCGGCCCAUAGCUAAUCAAAUCUACCCAUCCCUGAAAAUUUGGCAAUUUUCACGUGACCGUACACCGAAGCGACCGAGCGUCCGUCCGCACCACAGGGAAACCAAUGUUUACUCUCACACUUUCCAGCUAGUUUGGGAGCCCAAGAGAAAACUAAUUGCAAAUCAAUGUUGUGAUCAAUUGACAGCUGUCAAAACAGGGUAUCCACUGACCAGUAUCACCUGACCGUACCGCGGGCUCAAGUGUCCACCCAUCGAGGUCGAGUAUUUUUGAAGUUAUCCGCUGACAAAUUACCAGUUUCAAAUGAUCGCAGGCUCAAGUUUAUUUUUUCCGAUGAUUCAUAUAAAAUACAGUCUAACCUCUCCUUACGGACACCUCUAUAAUACGGACACCUCUCUAUUACGGACAGUUCGUUUGGUCCCAGAAAUGCCAAAAAUCAUACAUUCCCUACCUCUAUAAUACGGACACCUCUGUAAAGCGGACAAUUGGUUCUGUCCCUUUGGUGUCCGUAUUAAAGAGGUUUGACUGUAUGUUGUGUUUAUGUCACUAUUGCCCCGCACUGUUAAGAGUUUGAUUUCAAACUGACCUCCGACGCAAAAAUUCAGCCAAUUUUGUUAAAGUACAGGCGGGGAAUAUCUUUUCUUACCAUGGUCACGCGUUGGUCACGCUCUACGUCCAAUUUUUAUGCUCUGAUUGAUAGGUGAGUUCAUGCGGAAAAUUUAUGCAGCAUCUUGAAAGUAGUUUACUUUGACAGCUGAAGCUGACACAAUUUUGUGUUAACUAUGGAUGUUUUUUAACUGUCUUUUUCCACUGGAUUUACAAAAUGAAAUACAGCUGCUAUCAAGAGUCUUCUGUUAUUCAUGGCUGGUUUGUUUAUUGGGAUUUUGGUUAAGAAAUGCGUCGCUUGUCAAAAUUCGGUAAUCCGAUUUCGGAUGGCAUCGUUUUCGUUUUUCAUCUUGCUUAAUGCGUAACAGGGUUUAAAAGUCUCAAGCAACUGUGGCCUUCCUUGAUAGCUUUCAGAAACUGAAUCUCAAUGGUAAGCCUGAGUAAUUAUUGUAUUUGAUGUUUGUUUUUGUUAUAUCUAAUUUCAUGAAGUCGAGCACAGUUUAUGCGGCAAGUUUAUACAAGUUUGUAAGAUUUGAGUCAAUGAUCUGACCUAGGUUUGAUAUAAGCUUACAGAACUUUAAAAGGCCUUCAGAUAUAUUUUCUCACCGCAAAUAGAAAGAAAACGUUCCGAAGAAUAUUUAGUUAUAAAUUUGGUUGUAGAAAGAAAACUUUGAGCGAUUUUCUUGCUUCGAGGACUUCAUCUUUGAAAAAAGCAAACACAGGGAGGCCGGCUUAAAGUAAAACAUAAUUAACUUAAGCUUAAGCUUUAAGCUCACAGUUCGAAAGACUCAGGAUUUUAGAGACACUUUAAUACUUGUCUUCGUGAAUGAAAAUUGUUGUCUCUGUAAAUGUUUCGCCUAAUUACAUUUCUUUUAUUGAUUGUUAGUAGUCUCUGCUUGUCCGUGCCGUUUGUUGUCAUCGUUCAUGAACAUCGCUUGCAGGAGUACUCAAAAAUGUCGCGGGUAUCAAACGCUUUAUAAGACUACACAUCGUUAUAACUGAAACCAUUAAAUAACAAAAAAUAAUAAUGAUAAAUUCGUUAUUAUGUUGAAGCGUAACUCUAUUAAAGUUCAUUUAAACACGGUGUCCUACGGCCGGUUAGUGUUCAGUACUCGAUGGAAAGAAAGUUGACUAAACGGCGUUUAACCGGCCGUAGGACACAGAGUGGCUAUGAACUAAAGGUAAGGGAGCUUUUUGAAUCAAUAUUUCGUGUGAUCAUGAUUUUUUUUCUUUGCGUCGUAGAUUCGAAUACAUGUGAUAAAAUUCGAACAAUAAGGGCCCGAAUCAUAUGCAAUAAUGCAAGAAAUAUCGACCUUCGUUAUCUUAGAGGCAACUAGUACAGAUAGACAAACAAGGAAACUUCAUCUCUUUAAGAUUUUUGCAUUUAUUUGGCACCAGAUAAUACACUAAUAAUUCUAGUAUAUUCCGACCAAAUGACCUCUGAAGCCCGAACCCACACAUAGCGUGCUUGGGCUGCCUGUGACGUGAUGUACUGAAAAGUAUAAAAGUUUGUUUUGCACAGCACUCCCAGAUUUGUUGGCAAGAUUUUCUAAAGUAAACCUGUCGAACGCAAAAAAAUUCGGCCUGAUUUGUUUUCCAAGAAUUUGUUUUCGAGGCCUAAUCUACUGUGAUCAAGAGCCAUUAUGGCUCUUGAAUGUGAUCGAAGAUGUUUGCUAUUUUUUGGCUGUACAAGUAAGGCUAUCAACUCGAUGUAAGAUGUUUCACUCUAAAUUAACUUAGCCUUUCCCUCAAGAGUCACAUGAAUGUGCCUUUGAGUUAACUGAUUUGUGGAUGACAAAUUUAUUGUUUGAUUUAAAUUAUAAAUUUAUUAAUGGGAGCUUCGCAUUUAGUCACAGUUGUCUUUGACCGUCAAAAUUUAUUUUAAGUAUUACAUGGGAUGUGGUUCCACACGGGUGGUUAUGGGUGGCGAUGUGGAUGGGUUACAAAAAUAUAUAUAUAUAUAUAUAUAUAUAUAUAUAUAUAUAUAUAUAUAUAUAUAUAUAUAUAUAUAUAUAUAUACAUUGUUUUGUAAGGAGCUUCUAAUAAAGGCUUGUUCUCACACUAGAAGAUGCUUCUGAUGUAGCAAAGUAUGUUUCUGUCACUGAAAAGCAGCCUGUUGCAAAAACACGUAAUUCAGGAUUCUUUGGAGAGCAAUGUCCAGUUGAUCAAAAGAUUAAUACUGAGGAGGCAGCCAGAUUAAGUGAAGGAUCUCCCUCUGUUUGCCAUACUCCUAACGCUUCCGGAUUCACUUCUGACCAAGGUAUGGAAUAACAUUGUCAAGUUGCCAAACUUUUUUACGUGUAUUAAUCAACUCUUUAGAAGUUUUUGGCCCAUUUAAAAAGCAACCGUUUUUUCAUUUGUUGUCUUUCUGCUAUAGCUAAAGAAUGCUCUGUUUGUGUAAAAGCAGCACUCUUAUGCUUUUUCACACAACAACGAGUUGAGAAGCCUGUUUCCUUAUGCAUUACGGUAAAUAGUUUAUUUUUUCCUUGAAUUGUAAUAAGAAGCAGUAAUUAACUUGUAGUUUUGCUUUUUAUAAAUAAUUUUCAGAAACAGCAAACACUGUAAAGAUGUCAAUCACCACCCGUGAUUUAAAUAGUGAACUGGAGGACGUGGUGGAUAGAAUGUUAAGACAACAACUUGAAGUGUACCUUAAAUACAAUAAAAAAACCAAGCUUUCUACAGCCAGUGGACUGAGUGACUUCAUUAAGCAUUUAGAAAAUACUUACAACCUUACUUUAACAUCUGUGGGUGUGGGAUCUUUGGUAAUAAAGGUUCAGUGCCCCGACCUGCAAAGUCUCGAAAGUCUUUGGAAUGACUAUUGUUCUGGUGUCCUGAAUGAAGCUGCAGAGAGGUUUUUAGUCACUGAUGACAUAAAGAGGGAAGUCAAUGUGGAGAUAGUGAGAUUAAAGACCAUUAUUGAGGAACACAACUACUUGAUUUGCAAAAAAGCUCUUACGGAAAAGUCAGGUGAGUUGGACUGUUAGCACAGUUCUUGGGCAAUUAUUCUUUAGACAAGAAACUGAAAUAAUUGCUUUGUUAGUGUUUUAUAGCAAUGUAAUCGAGCGGGAAUUUUAAAGCAUAACGCAAGAUAAUGGAGCAAGUCAAUGUAUAAAGUCGCUGCCAAACUGCUUUUUAGCGAUAUCAUUUUUUGUUAAGUUUGGUUGCUAUCCAAGUACUUAUUAGAACAGUGCUCGACAACGCAAGGUACUCGUCCGUCGUGUUUUUGUUCCAUUUUCAUCUGACUGAGUUGUACACUUGUCACUUUUGAAAAAUGCCUUUCUUCCCAUGGUGAUAGCAGUUUCAUUGCUAAAUAAACUGCCUGUGUAGAAAGUAGAACUUUGAGGGAGGGAGUAUCCCCGGGGUUCCACCUGAUUCAGGCAGACAUCAUGUAUUGAAGGAAGACCAAAGCAUUCCCCAAGGAUGUCUGCUUAAAUCAUGUUUGACUGGGCGUUAUAAGUUGUAUUUGUGUUGAACGUUAUUGUUAUUGCAGGUAUCACUGAGACUUCAUCUCAAACAACGUACCCAGGUCCAGAAGAAGAUACAAGGUGGAAUGACAAAAGCGCAGGUGUUGCGAAAGUAAGAUGUUGUUCGUUUUUCUUUCUUUUUCUUUUUUAUGGCCAACAGGGUAAUACUAGCAAUAUAAACAAGCAGUCAUGA